CUAUAAAGAGACGGUACUCAUGCGGAUGCUGCCUCAGAUUAAGGAGAUUUCAGGCAGCAAACAGUCUCGCGGUCAGAUCAGUGCAGUGGCAGCAUGUUGGAUAGCGGGGGUUGUCCAGAGGAGGUGGGGUCUGUCCCAUGUGUCGACCGCCUGAUGGAGAGAAGAGGGGCACAGCACAGUGAGUAUGAAAGGACACAGAGUGCUAUGCAGACAGAGACUGCAGACAUGCAGCAACACAGAGCGGCAUAUAUGUUUAAAGAGGCUGCAGCAGCGUGGGCUAUUGAUGAGGUGUGUCAAGAAUGAGAUCUUUGGACACCUAAGACUACAGACCUGUCAAACAUGUGACUGGACAGCAACCCCAAAUGACUUUGUGGUCCAGUUUGCAGAGCCUCACCAUGGUCUCUCUGUGGAUUAUUUAUCUUCUCCUCCCCCUUUCCUUGCCUCACUCACUUCAUGUCAUAGCGUUAACUGGAGAAAAUGUCAAAGACGCGCAACAGCCAGACAUUGACACAACAGUGCAGUUUCUCACACAGCUCUCACAUGGACGUCAUGGAUCGGGUAAUCCCAUGUUUGGACCUGACAAUGCAGACCUCAUGCGUCCACCUUUGAGUUUGCCCUUAUCAUCGUCUGAGGAAACAGAUAGGCAAGGUGUGAUUGGUGAAUACAGUGAUGUACAGGAGAGCACAGAGACCUCUUUGUUGUAUCCUAACGAGAAGGAAGUCAUCAUAUCCAGUCCCACAGGGAGUGCUGCUGACGAUGUUACUCUCAAGGAGAGAAUACAAUCAACAAGGUCUUCAUCAGGAAGCAUGCCACUUAACCCCACACAGGAGCAGACAUUAAAGUAUCAUUCAGCUGAGAGCAACACUGCAUCUGUUUUGCAGCCUACAAAGACUGGAGACACUCAGCCAACAUUCCCAGCCUUCAAAACAGAGAUGACUGAAAGCCAGCUACCUUUUCUUCUGUCUGGCUCACUCCCAUCACACACACCAGAGCAGAACUCAACUUCAUUGUUGUCUGCUGGACCUGGGCCUGGCACUGGACAUCCUACUCCACCACUAGCCACUGACAGCUGGGGAUGGACUACAGGCAUUUCUGUUAGCACACAGGGAACAGGAGAGAGAUUAAUUGAUUUUACAGAUCGUAUUUUACACAGAGGAACUGUCAGCACAGAGGCAGACAGAGAUGGCUCCAAGAAUGAUGACCUGCAUCUCUCUAAGGCCGGUGGCACCGUCUUGCAAGAUGGGGACAUGGACACAUCUGUCACACCCUGCAAACCAUCAAAUCAGUCCUGGACUCCCACCUACCCUGAUGAUUUGACUCCCAACGAGCCACUGCACCCGUCCCUGGCUGUCAGCCCUGCCCUUUUGGUCCCCCUGUAUUCAGACUGGAACUCUGCCCUCGCUACGUGGGGGUUUGCGUGGGAAGCACACAUCUAUGGCCUGGGGUCCAUCUUCACUGCAUUUGGCCUAAUCUCCGUGGUCUGCCUGUUAGGCCUGCCCCUGCGCUGUCCCCCAGGAAGCCCCUACUUCACUUUGCUACACUUGUUCAUUCUCGCAUUUGCAGGGAUCCAAGCUUUCUGUUUGCUCUUUGAUGCGUACAGUUACCAAGAUCGUCUUCCCCCUGUGGUCUCUCUGCUGCUCUCUGAACUGCCAUUGCCCUGUUUGAUCUCGGCCUUCUCCCUGGCCUUCCUCCUUCUGUCCUUGCGCUCACGCAUGCAUCUUUCACUCCCACUUGCUAUUUCUACCUCAUUCUCAGCCUUGCCCAAACCUUGCCUAUUACUAAGUAUGUCCUUGGUACAUUUUGUAAUCUCUCUAGGCUGUGUUGGCAUUCUCCAGCUCUUCCACAGCCUCCCUACUGUGAUCUUGUUAUUACCUCAGGGUGUGUUUGUAUGUCUCACCCUAUUUCUCUCAUGCUUCUACUUCAUCUUCUACUGCUUAACACAAGUCAACACUAAACGCAUUUAUAGAUUGAAUGACAACGGAGAGAGUGGAGGAUCUCCUGAAGUGAUGCGACCUGCAGUUUGCCCUUUUGCCAAACUAGAGGACUGGGAUAGGGCUGCAGGAGCUGCAAUAGGAACUUCCUUGUGCUUGUUAGGGUGUGGAGGCUUUCAGCUUUAUGGAAUCCUACAUGCUCUUGGUUUUGGAGGGGUUGAUGGCUAUGGGUUUCGGCCCUGGCCCUGGUGGGGUUACCAGGUAGGCUGCAGAAUCUGUGAGAUUGGGGUGUGUCUAGGUUUGUCUCUCAUUGGCACACACCCUCUAUUCUGUCACAGCAACUCCUCUAUCAAGACCCUAACUCAGCCCCGGCCAGGAACUUGGUCCCGGCUAUCUUGCAGCUCCCCUUCACGAGGGCUCACCUUGCCCUCACAGGAUGGUGCAAAUUCUCCUGUUCUCUCCUCUCACCAGUCCUGGUCCCAGGGGAAGCAGGAAAAGCUGGUGGUCUGUGAUGUUGUCAGCAAAGGGCAGUCAGAGGCUCUUCCUCUUUGCUCAAUAGCAGAUCCUCCUGGAAAUGGACUAAACUGUGUCCACAAGCCCAGUCAAACCCAGAAUGUACUGCCUCUACCUACACCCCCAUGCCCACCACGUAAACCUGAAAAUUCAGCCAAGUCUCAGCUAUCUUCACUGGUUAAUUUAGGUAUAGAGACUGACUCUACUGUGGAUCUGCGCCCUCCAUCUCCCAUAGACUUAACCCGCAGUAUUGACCAAGCUCUGUUCAGUGAAUCUCUAUUCUCUCACAGUAUUUUUGGUUUACCAAGGCUGCUUCACACUUCGUCAAGCCUUUCCUUGAGCUCUCCUAGUCAAAGCACAUCAAAGCAGGGGCCCAGCUCUGUGGAAAAUAGCCUUUACCGAACCUCUUCCUGUGGAGAUGUGGAUCAAGAGAAAGCCCUUUCCAGCUCCAAACCCUCUCAAGCACAUGGCUGUUUGACAUCUCACAGCAACACACCGACAUCACCAGAGCGAUGGGAUUGGAAGGGCAGUGUUACCGGUUCGACCCAGGGUCUAUGCAGCCACCCCAAAGAAACAGGAAAGCUGCGCUCACAUUCCUGGGCAAACAGAGGGCAAAACUUUACUCAGAGCAGCCUCCCACGAGCAAUCCCCCACCUGUCGUACCACAGGAGGUACCGAACCCUGAGCUUAGCCUCCCAGGACAGCCAAGGGUCUGGCCGAUUGGCAGGGACAAAACACCUGAGUGAAAGCAAACAGCUGGAAUGGGAUCUGGCUGUGCAAGCAGAGUUUGUCAAUGUUUGCAGACAAAUUGAUGCCCUGAGUGUUUGCAGUGACACUAUUGAAUUGUAGAAAUACAGAUUACUUUGUACAGAAAUAGCUUAAUUCUGAUUAAAUUAGCUGGAGGGAUUGAACUGUACAUUAUUUAGUAUAAAAACUAGCUAACCUUAGCUAAUGAAAGGAGACUGAACACUAUUGAUACAAUAUGUAGAUCUGAAUAAUUUUCUGUAAAUACUGUACAAUUUAUACUGUUUAUAGCUUUGCUUGAAAGAGUGACUUCAGUGGCCGAAGGCAUUUUCAGGAACUUCAUUUUUCUUUUUCUUGCUGUAAUGUUUUUUUUAAUAUUCUGGGAGUAUUCAAUUGGGUUAGACAUUCAUGAAUGUAAAGAAUUAA